CAUCAUUGCCAUUGGGUCCUAACUGCCGUCAUUUCCUUUAGUCAACUACAGAAACGCCUGCUUGAAGAAGUACGAGGCAGCGGGCCACGUUUUUGUGAAGGAUGUGUUGUUAGUUUUUGGUCACCGUCUUGGUCAAGGUAAUGUGAAUAAUCCUGUGAUUGACUUUAUUCACCGAUAACUUCCGGAAAGUGAUCGUAGGAGAGAAACUGUUCCUCGGUAACCUCAGUUUAACCAACUUGUAGUUUUGACCCGCCAAAAGCCACAGAGAGGUUCACCGAGGAAGUGACCAUUUUGUACGUACGUAGUUAUUUUCGAUAACGGUAUUAACGUUAUUUUUAUCCUCCUGGGAAAAAAAUGAGUGGCGGAUUCAACUUUGGGCAAGCCUCCACGGGCUUCGCUUUCGGAGCUCAGAAGACCACAGCCGCAGCCCCCGGCACGGGCUUUGGGAUGACAAGCGCCACACCUGCGGCUCCGGGAGGGGGCUUCUCAUUCGGCACUGCACCUCAGGCCACCUCCAACCCUACCGGCUCUUUCAGCUUUGGCACCCCAGCAAAAAGCACAGCAGCCGCCGGAGGCUUCUCUUUUGGGACCCCGACCACCGCCUCCGCAUUUGGCAUGGGUGCGACCCCUCAAACCACAGCAGCUGCAGGGCUGACUUUAGGCUCCAUGGCAACUCCAGCUGCGGGGUCAGGGUUCACCCUGGGCACGGGUUUGACUGCACAGACCACCGCUGCCGCCCCUGCAGGAGGGGGCUUCACCUUUGGGACUCCUUCUCAAGCUCAGCCCCAGUUUACAGCACCACCACCAGCAGCUGCAGCACCACCAACAACAGCUGCAGCACCACCAACAACAGUUGCAGCACCACCAACAGGCGCAGCAACAGCAAUCACAGGGUCAGGUGGCCUCUCAUUCGGAGGGUUCAGCUUUGGAGCAACCAAGGUCCAAGUGACCACAGCCGCACCGUCAACUGCUGCUGCUGCCCCAGGAGGGGGCUUCAGCUUUGGCACCAGUGCUCCCUCCAACCUCACCCUGGGCACCCAGUCCCAGCCAGCCUCCACCGCUGCAGCCACAACAGGUGCGGGUGGAGGAUUUCCCUUUGGGAUUAAACCCUCAUCAACCCCAGCUCCUCCUGCAUCGACCCAGACAGCCCAAGCUUUAGGCCCGUCUCUCUUUGCUUCACCUAUCUCUACAGCUGCCACUGCCACUGCAACAGGUACAGGUUUUACUUUGGGUGUAGCUCCAACUUCAGCAGCAAGCACUGCCGCUGCACCAACCACAGCAGCUGGUGGAGGUCUGUCUUUUAUGCUCAAACCUCUGGGGGCAGCUACCACCACCUCCACCCCUGCCCCUGCCCCUGCUGCCACAACUGCAGCUGCCACAACAGGGGCUGCUACAGCCUUUACACUGGGGCUCAGACCUACAUCCGGAAUAAGUGCAACAACAACUGCUACAGUCACAACAAUCACUACAACCACUGCUCCGCCAGUGAUGACCUACGCCCAGCUGGAGGGUCUCAUUAACAAGUGGAGUCUUGAGCUUGAGGACCAAGAGAGACAUUUCUUACAGCAGGCAACUCAGGUGAAUGCCUGGGACCGCAUGCUGGUGGAGAAUGGUGAGAAGAUCACAGCCCUGCAUAAGGAGAUGGAGAAGGUGAAGCUGGACCAGAGGAGGCUAAACCAGGAGCUUGAUUUCAUCCUGUCCCAACAGAAGGAGCUGGAGGACUUACUCUGCCCGCUUGAGGAGUCGGUGAAAGAGCAAAGUGGAACCAUCUACAUGCAGAACGCCGACGAGGAACGUGAAAGAACGUACAAGCUUGCAGAGAACGUGGACGCACAGCUGAAGAGGAUGUCGCAGGACCUGAAGGAGAUCAUCGAGCACCUGAACACAUCCAGCGGCCCAGCAGAUACCAGUGACCCACUUCAGCAGAUCUGUAAAAUUCUCAACACUCACAUGGAUUCACUUCAGUGGAUUGAUCAGAACUCGGUUCUUCUGCAGAGAAGAGUGGAGGAAGUGUCCAAGUUGUGUGACAACCAGCGCAAGGAGCAGGAGAAGACCUUUCGUUUAACAUUUGACUGAUCUGAAAUAAAAAUGCUUACACGUAUUCUGGCAUAAUGCUAAUUUUGGGAGGGAAGUCGUAAACAGGGAACUCCUGGUUUGUUUGUUUUUUUUUUGUUUGUUUGUUUUUUUUUUUUUUUUUUUUUUUUAAGGGGUCGAGAUGUUUUGGAUGCAAAACCAAAGCAUUUAUCACAAUUCCUGUUAUCUUGCUUUUUCCCCAUCGUUGUUUUGAGUCGUUUGGGCUGCAUAAAGAUUGAUAUUUUCAACGCAAUAGCUUUUAUAUAGAGUAGUGGAAAUGAUAAUCUGUUCCCAUGUAAAUGCUAUGUUUGUUCUAAAUAGUAUGAUUAAAUAAAUCUCACAAGUAA